UAUGCCAUUCUCUCUCUCUCUCUCUCUCUCUCUCUGUUUUGUCUCUUUCUCCGAACCCACAAAUUAAAUGCCUUCGUCGUUCGAACCGGGUCACGAGACCCGACAACCCGGUCGGGUUCAGCCAUCGACGGCGGCGUUUCCGCCGCCGAAGCUGUCGGAGCCAUUACCGUGUCCUCGCUGUAACUCCGCGAACACAAAGUUCUGCUACUACAAUAACUACAACCUCUCUCAACCUCGCCAUUUCUGCAAAUCUUGUCGCCGUUACUGGACCCACGGUGGCACCCUCCGCGACGUUCCCGUCGGUGGUGGCUCGCGCAAAUGCUCCUCCACCGCAGCCGCAACCAAACGCGCUCGCUCCUCCGCAAACGCAAACGCGAACGCAACCUCCUCGUCCUGUCUUUCCUCGUCUCCGACAAAAACCACGACGACCCACGAACCCGGACCCCGAGUCGGACCCAGAACUGGCGACAUGGUGGAGGAGGUAAAGGAAGGGGACUUGGUCUCUGGGUAUGGAAGCUUCGCGUCGCUAUUGAGUGGAUACGGGUUUGACGAAAUGGGUUUUGGGUAUUCGGGUUAUUUCUGCGGUGGCGGAGGAGAGGCGGUGGCUCCGGCGACGGUUGGUGGUGACACGUGGCACGUGGAUGAGAUGGAAGGUAACGGUACGGACAGUUUUGUGUGGCCUGGUCUUGAGAUCUCCAUGCAAGGCAACAAUGUCAAGUGAAAAAAAAACUGUGGAACCGUUUUUUUUCUCUCUCUUAGUUUUUUUUUAAAAUUUUAAUUUAUUUUGUUGGUUUCUGGGUAUCUCUGUUUUGUCUUUGUCUUCUUGCUCUGUCACAUCGUGUCUCUGUUUUUUUCUUUGUUUUUUUUUUCGUUCUGUUUGUUUUGUGUUGGGAUAUAGAAUAGGGAAGGAGAAAGGAAAAAAAAA